UGCACGCUCGUCGCUUUAAUUCGCACCAAAGUCUAUUUGCAUUGUGCUUUGCCUUUGGAUACAGUAUUGGAUUUUGUGCAGAGCUUGCUGUGUGCUGGCGGCUCCUCGGAGACCGAACUAAAGGAUGGUCAGUCAGCAGAAGUGUUGGGAAGCCUUUACGUUCUCGCUGCCAACCUUUUAAUCGCUCUGGGGCGAAAUAAAGCUCGCUGACAGUGGAAUUAGUCCACAUCUUUCCCUCUUCUUCCUCUCUGUCUCCCCUUCCGAUAUGCAGUCUUUGUGCGCGGAUGGAGGUGACGUUCUUCACAAUUGAUGCCAGAUACUAAACAUUGCGAUCUGCGUGUGAGAUAUAUCUACGGAGCUGGGAGAAGUUUGACUGCGCAUCGUCUUCUUGUGUGGAAUGGGCGAUGGAAUGUGCUACAGCUCUGCAAUGAGGCGUCUGUGGGUCUGCGUCCUGCUUGUGAGCAUCACCUGCCGUCUGAGCCUCUCCCAGGAUGUAACUGGAACUCCCAAAGAGGCCGAAUUAAAUGACAACAUCACCAUCUUUACGCGCAUCCUGGACGGACUGCUGGACGGGUAUGACAACAGACUCCGCCCCGGACUGGGAGAGAAGGUGACGGAGAUCAAAACCAACAUCUUUGUCACGAGCUUCGGUCCCGUGUCUGACACUGAAAUGGAGUACACCAUCGACGUGUUCUUCCGUCAGAGCUGGAAAGAUGAGCGACUUUGCUUUAAAGGUCCGAUGGAGAUGCUUCCUCUCAACAAUCUGCUGGCCAGUAACAUCUGGACUCCGGACACCUUCUUCCUCAACGGGAAGAAAUCCAUCGCACACAACAUGACCACGCCCAACAAGCUGCUGCGGCUGAAGGACGACGGCACGCUGCUGUACACCAUGAGACUGACUAUAGCAGCAGAAUGCCCCAUGCAGCUGGAGGACUUCCCGAUGGACGCUCACGCCUGUCCCCUGAAGUUUGGAAGCUAUGCGUAUCCGGUGUCGGAGGUGGUCUACACGUGGACUCAGGGAGCCGCCAAGUCCGUGGUGGUGGCGGAGGAAGGAUCUCGACUCAAUCAGUACCAUCUGAUCGGUCAGACCGCGGGGACCGAGGACAUCUACACCAGCCGAGGUCAAUACACCGUGAUGAUGGCUCACUUUUACCUGAAGAGGAAGAUCGGCUACUUUGUGAUCCAGACCUACAUGCCCUGCUUCAUGACUGUGAUUCUGUCACAGGUUUCCUUCUGGCUCAACCGAGAGUCUGUGCCAGCACGGACCGUCUUUGGUGUGACCACCGUGCUCACCAUGACCACACUCAGCAUCAGCGCUCGAAACUCUCUCCCUAAAGUGGCGUACGCUACCGCCAUGGACUGGUUCAUCGCCGUGUGCUACGCCUUCGUCUUCUCCGCCCUCAUUGAGUUCGCCACAGUGAACUACUUCACCAAGAGGAGCUGGGCCUGGGACGGGAAGAAGGCCAUGGAGGCCCAGCAGCCCAAGAAGAAGGACCCUCUGGCUCUGUCUAAGAAGCCCAACAACACGUGUUCGUCCGGCGUCAACUACACCACCAACCUCACGAAGGACGCGUCCAUCUCCACCAUCUCCAACAGCACAGCCGUACAGCUCAAACCCUCUGAAACCAAGGCCCCGGACCCCAAAAAGACGUACAACAGUGUGAGCAAGAUCGACAAGAUGUCCAGAAUAGUGUUCCCAGUGCUGUUUGGGACCUUCAACCUGGUGUACUGGGCCACGUAUCUCAAUAGGGAACCCGUGAUCAAAGGAGCAGUUUAAGCUCUGCCGCCAGGAUCCUCCAGGAUUUCACAACUGGAACACAAUCAAGGUCGAUGCCACUUAGUCCGUGUGUGUCACAACUCUCGAUUUGCAUUUCCUGUUUUAUUUUGAAAUGCUCACUCCCCUUGUAUCAUGUCAAAUUAACAAUCACAGAGACCGGGAACAACACAAGGAACAACACAAGG